CGCUAUAUAACCCAAAGGCAGGGUUGAAGGCGCUUUGCUCCUUCCCAAAGGAGCAGAAACCAAAAAAAAAAAAAAUGGCGGCGGAUUGGUGCCAGUGAAACACAUGGAAGAAUCUUAUCAACAAAAGUCCGAUUUGUUUGAAAAAAAAAUUCACCGAACGCGCGAAGCUUUUCCUAAAAUUAUUCUUUUAAUUAGAUUAUCGAUUCGUGUAUGAAAUCAAAUUUACAUACCUGGAUUAUGCUGAUUAUGCAUCGUAUUUACAUCUGACAACAGAUGCUGACAGCUACUUGUUGUUUCCUCUUAAUUAACAAUUAAUCUCUGGCAACAUGUGCACGCCGGCUAAGAUUAGAAAAUUAGACGAAAUUGUGGUGAACAGAAUCGCGGCUGGAGAGAUUAUCCAAAGGCCGGCAAAUGCGUUGAAGGAAUUAAUAGAGAAUAGUUUGGACGCCAAAGCGACGAAUAUACAAAUCACCACGAAGGAAGGAGGCUUAAAGCUCCUACAGAUACAGGAUAAUGGCACCGGUAUCCGAAAAGAAGACAUGGACAUCGUGUGCGAGAGAUUCACCACAAGCAAGCUGCAAAAGUUCGAGGAUCUCAGCGCCCUUACGACAUUUGGAUUUCGAGGGGAAGCUCUGGCCAGCAUCAGUCACAUAGCCCUUCUUGCUAUCACGACAAAGACGGCAGAUGAAAAAUGUGCCUACAAAGCGUCGUAUAUUAACAGCAAGCUAAAAGCACCUCCAGUGCCUUGUGCUGGAAAUCAGGGCACUGUGAUAACAAUAGAGAAUCUGUUCUACAAUGUGGCGACUCGUAGAAAGGCUUUGUCAAAUCCAUCGGAGGAAUUUACCAAGAUUACGGAAGUGGUUAUGAGAUACGCUGUGCAUAAUCCGGCAGUAGGAUUUACGUUAAAAAAGCAUGGCGAGCCGAGUCCACAGGUGCGGACGCCACAUAAUUCGACAAAACAGAAUAACGUAAGGAUAUUGUACGGUAAUCCGGUUGCUCGUGAACUAUUAGAGGUUGAGCUUGACGACAAGGAUUAUAAAUUUAAGAUGCACGGUUUAGUGACGAAUCCGAAUUAUACGAAUAAACGAAUGGUAAUGCUGCUAUUCAUCAACAAUCGAUUGGUCGAUUCUCCUUUAAUUCGUAAGAUGUUGGAAGAAGUGUACUCUGUGUAUCUCCCGAAAAAGGCCCAUCCGUGGUGUUACAUAUCUCUGGAUAUUAAUCCACAGAAUAUUGACGUUAAUGUACACCCGACGAAACACGAGGUUCGAUUUCUUCACGAAGACGCGAUAAUCGAGAGAAUAAAAUUCGCUUUGGAUGAAAGACUGACUGGUAAUAGUGCGUCUAGGACGUUUUACUUGCAAGCUAGAUUACCGAAAGCAGACAUCACUAAGGAAGUCCUGGAAGAGGUGUUACCAGAGUAUAACAAAGGAAAUUCAGAUAAAUUGAAAAAAGUUCACGCUAGAGAGCUGAUUAGGACAGACUCGUCCGAUCAAAAACUCGACAAAUUUAAUUUUACCAUACAUUUUGAACAACGUAACAAUGACGGUAAUACCCUGGCGAAGGAAUUAACACGUAAUGCAGAUUCUAAGUCUCUUAAUUCUGAAAUUCCAUCGAAAGAAGGUGUAUCUAACAUUAUUACGGAAAAUCCGCUUGCUGACGAUAAAUGUCAAGAGGAAAACUCGAGCUUGAAUUUAAAUGUCGCAAAACACAAUUCUACAUUAUUACAUAUCGAAGAGACUCCAGCUGAUGAUUCGACACGUUGGAGCGGUAUAUUAGACACUAAAACUUCAGCUUCGUCAGACUCGCAAAAUAUCUGCGAUCCAGGUAGCUCUGCGCAAAAGGACAAGUCGAAAAAUGUCCGUCCAGAGAGCACCACGUUUGAUAUCUCAGAAUUUCUAAAAGACUUAGAUGAGGAGGUAGAUGAUCCUGUAGAAGAUGAGCCUGUAGACGCCAUAGCCGAUAGGGCUCGUAAACAAGUGUAUCAGUAUUUCGGAAAUGGGGACAUUAUUGAGAGUACGAAAAAGGCUUCGGAAACAGAACAGACAUUAGGUACAGAUGAUAAUGAGAAAGAAGGAGAAAAUUCAAUAUCUGGUGCGAGUCAAUCCGGAGGGACACAUUCUACUGAGAAAGAUAUUUCUACUGAUGAAUCUCCAAAGUCCGCACAGCAAUUCAAGUCAUAUUCCGUGAAUAACUUUAGACACGAAGUGAAAUUAACUAGUAUCCUGAAAUUACGCAAAGAUGUUGAAGACGAAUGUCACGAGGGAUUAAGAAACAUUUUAGCUAAUUUGACAUUUGUUGGCUGCAUCGAUCAAACUUCGGCCCUGAUACAGAGUGGAGUUAAUUUGUACAUAUGCAACACUAGAAAACUAGCGGAGGAGCUUUUUUAUGAAAUCAUGCUUUACGAUUUUGCAAAUUUUGGCGUUAUCAAAUUUUCAGAACGGAUAUCGUUGUUCGACUUAGCAAUGAUUGCUUUAGAUUCGGGGGAAACUGGAUGGACGGAGGAAGAUGGGCCGAAGGAAGAAUUGGCGGCAAGGGUGAAGGAAUUGCUUUUAGAAAAGGCAGACAUGAUGAAUGAAUACUUUUCGGUUGUUAUGGAUAAAGUGGGAAAUUUGAGAUCGUUACCCGUGUUGUUAGAUAAGUAUUUUCCAUAUGAAGCGGAAAUUCCAUUAUACAUGAUGCGACUGGCAACGGAAGUUGAAUGGAGGAAGGAACAACUGUGCUUCCAAAAUAUUUGUCGGGAAACGGCAAAGUUUUACAGCUACAUGAAUCCGAAGCAUCAGACACACGACUGGAAAUAUAUAACUGAACACGUUUUAUAUCCCGCAAUUAAAGAAAGUUUACUCCCACCGAAACACUUCGCUCACGAUUCAACGAUAUUACAAAUAGCCAGCUUACCUGACUUGUAUAAAGUGUUCGAGAGAUGUUGAAUUAUAUUACUCCUAAGGUACAGGAAUGUAUUGUACUUCGUUUUCUAUGCGCUUAUGAAAAUUGAAUUGACAAGUCCGAUAGCAAAUGUAUUUAAUGUUUUGUAGAUUUAUACAGUUGUGACCUAUUAUAUUUGUGCGAUACCCGACUUUUUGUACGAAGAUGUUACAGACUGAAGAGAUGACUGAAUAUGUAUCAUUAUUUUUGCCGGGAUUUGUAUUUUAUCGUCUUCCUCUACAGUCUUUUCGAUAGAAUUAAACUACGUAUAUAUAAUAAAAAAAACAAUGUAUAUAUUAAAAAAAAAUUUCUAUAUAUAUAGUAAUGCUACAAAUGUGU